AUGCUUUGGCAGAAGCUUGAAGAAGAGAAUCGGGAAUUUUUCAAGGCUUACUAUCUUAGGCUGAUGGUGAAACACCAGAUUAUGGAAUUCAACAAGCUACUUGAGCAGCAGGUUCACCACAUGCAGCAGAUGCAUCCAAGUGGAGUUACUUCCGUCCAAAAUACAAAUGGUUCUCAUAUCCAAUCAAAGAUUCUGGAGAGCUACGAUAAAUCACCCUUCCUUGCGCCUGAAGCUGAAAAUUUCCUGGACUCGUGCGAUAGGGGAGAAUAUCAAGGAGACAACAAGAGAUUGGAGACCAUAUCUGAAGGUUUCAGUUACGAAAACCUCGGGAGCGAGUAG